AUGCGGUUUCUAUGGCUGAUUCCCCCGUUCCUCCUCUCAAUCCAAGCGCUCGAUGUCCCGAAAACCUUCCACAAUUACGGACAGGCCGGUUAUGACACAAGGGUGAGUGUAAAAUACAAUAUUUUUAUCUAUCCGAAGAACCCAUAUCAAUAUCCGUGUAAAGCGAAUAGCGUUUCGAACGACCGCCUCUCGCAGAUGGUCGAUGGCCGUGUGGUAAGCGGUGUGUGACGUCAGAAUCAGCUGGUUUUGCGGUGUUCGCACGAGGGGAAAUUCCGAAAAUUUUUUUUGAUGACAAAAACUUUUUUUGCACAGUGCAGUUCUAUAGUGUAAAAAAGCCUAGGAUUUUGCACAGUGCAAAUUUUUAGUUGAAAAAAGCCUACGGUUUUGCACUGUGCAGUUUUAUAAUUGAAAAAAGCCUAGAGUUUUGCACUGUGCAGAUCUUUUUGAUUAGAAAGAUGAGCGUAAAUCGUCAAAAAAAAACAAAAAAAUUUUCGAAAAAAUUUUUUUGCACAGUGCAAAUUUUUAGUUGAAAAAAGCCCACAAUUUUGCACAGUGCAGUUUCAUAAUGGAAAAAAGCCUAUGGGUUUGCACUGUGCAUAACUUUCGUUGAAAAAAGCCCAAGUUUCUGCACUGUGCGGUAAAUCAAUGACGUCAUUAGAAGCUGACUUUUGUAGAGCCCACAAAUCUUUCUGCAAUCUGCGAAAUUUUGCAAUUUUCUCAAAUAUUUCUCAUGGUAAAAAAAUCUUUUACCUGAAAUUGGCCUAUAUUUCUGCACAGUGCACUCGGCAAAUUUUGAUUUUUUUCUCCUAAAGAAAAAAUGAAUUUUUCAGAUGCAAAAGUACGAUUCGAAUCUGCAAAACGUUCCUCCGGCGUCCAUUUCCUACGUUCCUGUGCAGGCGAAUCAAUUGGAUUCCCAGCCUCUGGUGCAGAUGCCUCCGCAGAAUCCUCCGCCAAUAAUGCCGCCUGAGGACAUGACUCCGCCCUCACGGAGGGGACCACAGCCCAAUGGCCACAUGUUGGCGUUGCAGAAUGGGCAAAUUGGUCAAAAUGGGCAAAUUGCCCAAAACGGGCAAAUUGCCCAAAAUGCCCAAAUUGCCCAAAACGCCCAAAUCCCAGCCCCUCAAAAUGCCCCAGCCUUCCAAGUUGACCCUUCCGCCGCCAUGGCCUCGUAUCCGCAGACUCAAAUCCAGCCGCAAACCAACGACUUCAACUCCCAACAAUUCCCAGCCCCAUUGGUCCAGAACCCCCAAAAUAUGGGGCUGACGCAGAUCGGGCAAGGCCCACAAGGCAUGAUCAGCAGUGGCGCCGUCCUCGGCUCGGCCGAAUUGGAGCAGCAGCUCGAACUGCAGCGCCAACAACAAGCGCAAGCGGACGCGGAACGCGCGAGAGCCGCGUUGGAGGCGCAGCGGGCGAAAAUUGAGGCCAAACAAAGGCAAAUGGAGGCGGAAAGAAGGAAACAGGUGUGUGAGAAAGGGCCGGAAAAUUUUUUUUUAAAUUCAAGGCUUUUUGUUUUGAAAAAAUUUUGCACAGUGCAAUUUUGUAGUUGAAAAAAGCCUAUGAAUUUGCACUGUGCAGUUUUGUAAUUGAAAAAAGCCUAUGAUUUCGCACUGUGCAAAAUUUUCGUUGAAAAAACUUAAAUUUUUCCAUAGUGAAAAAAUUUGUUGGCUCAAAAAAAAAAUUUUUUUUGCCAAAUAUCCAUUUUUUUACGUUUUCAAAAAUUUUGCACAGUGCAAUUUGAUAGUUGAAGAAAGCCUAUAAAUUUGCACUGUGCAAAUUUCUAAUUGAAAAAAGCCUACGUUUUUUUUUUGCACAGUGCGAAAACAUAGUUAAGAAAAGCUUACAGCUUCGCACUGUGCAAUUUUUUAGUUGAAAAUAGCCUACAGCUUUGCACGGUAUAAAAAAAUAAAAAAAUAUAUAUAUUUUUUCAAAUUUUCAAUUUCUCCAGGAAGAAGAGGCUGCCGCUCAACGCGACGCCUACAUACGUCGUCAUCAAGAAGAGCAGCAACGCGCCUAUCAUCAACAAAUCAUGCAACAGCAGCAAUAUACGCAUACCCCUCCGCCAAAUCCAAACCUUCCAGCAGACUCAAACUCCAACACAAACUCGGCGCUUUCGCAACUCUCAAAUCAGCAGCUGGAAGAGUAUGCGCAGAAGCUGAGAGAGCAAAUCGCCAGAGAGUCCAAUACGGGAAUGGUCGCGCAAACAUUGCCGAUUCAAACUAUGGCCACAACAGCGCCGCCAGUUACGCAACCACUGGUCGUGGCGGAAUUGACGACAGUGGUGCCGGAAGUUGAUGGAUUUGGGUGAGUUUGGAGGCUUCAGAGGGAUGUUUCACGUACAAAAAGGGCACAACUCGAGUUAGCGGCAUCACAGAAAAAGCGGAGAGAGCAGAGAAAAAGAGGAGUGGUAACUCGAGUGACCUGACUUUUUAUCGACUUUGGCCGCACAUUUUGGGCCAUAACUUUUGAUACAGUGGACCAAUUUGCGCCCUUCCAAAAAAAUAUUAAUGCUGGUGGUACACAGAAAAGAUGGAUAUAAAUUUGUAAAAUUUUCUUUUAAAUUAUGCAAAUUAUAUGCAAAUUUUUUUCUUGGUAUCUUAAAGCUCGUCUUUUAUUAAAAUCUUUAUAUGGACAUGUUUGUUACGCCCUCAGCAUCAAAGGGUUUUUUGAAGGGUGUAAAGAUACUCAUAUAAACAAGGUUUUUUCAUUGUGAAAAUGUUUAAAAAAGUCUGGAUUUUUGCACAGUGCAAAAAGGUUUUAAAAACAUGAACCGUAUCUUAAAAUUUUGUAUCGCGAGACAUUUUUCAACAUCGUAUUUUAAAAUGAUUUUUUAAAUAUUUUUUGUAUUUUUGCACAGUGCAUUUUUUUAGUUAAAAAAAGCCUAAAAUUUUGCACUGUGCAAUUUACUAAUUGAAAAAUGCCUAUAUUCUUGCACUGUGCAAGUUUCAUAUAGAAAUUAGCCUACAUUUCCCGCACAGUGCAAUUCUCUAAUUGAAAAAAGCCUAAUUUUUUUGGCACAGUGCAUUUUUUUAGUUGAAAAAGCCUUGAUUUUUGCACCGUGCGGUUUUCUAAUUGAAAAAAGCCUAAACUUUUGCACAGUGCAAUUUUUUAGUUCAAAAAAGCCUAAAUUUUUGCACUGUGCAAUUUACUAAUUGAAAAAAGCCUAGAUUUUUGCACAGUGCAAUUUUUUAGUUCAAAAAAGCCUAAAUUUUUGGCACAGCGCAACUUUCAUAUUGAAAUUAGCCCACAUUUCCCGCACAGUGCAAUUUUCUAAUUGAAAACAGCCAAAAUUUUUGCACCGUGCAAAGUUUCAAAAAAUUGUGUUUAAUCAACUCAAAAAAAAAAAAUAAAUAAAUAAAAAUAAAUAAAAAAAAAUAAAAAACUUUUUUUUAGCCAACCUCCCGAUCAAUCGCAGCCACAGCCUUUGCCACCGCCCCCAUCAUUCCCUGGAGUACCCUCAAUCCCACCCAAACUCACCCACGACGUCAACUACUGUGAUCGCGGCCAAUUUGACGACGCGAAAUUGGCCGACUUGCACCUGAAACGCUCCGAUUACUUUAUCUACAAUACCAGUUGUUCGGGGCUGUUCUUUCAGUGCGCAAUUGGGCAGACGUUCGUGUUGAGGUGUCCGAGUGAGCAGGCGCAAGCGUUCGAUCCGGCGAUUUCGAGUUGUAAUUUCAAGAACUCGGUGAGGUUCUGCCCGGAAUACGACCAUGUCAUGUAUUGCAGUAAGUGGUUUUCAAGGCUCGUUGGUCAAGCUUGGGGUUUAUUUUUUUGUCGAGUCCACGAAAUGGCGAAAUCUAUUAGUUUUUAUUUUCAUAAAGUGCAUAGACAUUUGCUCGUAUUCGCACAAUGCAUUUUGAUAAAUCCACAUUGUUUUCUGAUAAAUCCACAUUGUUUUCCCGACAGACUGAUAAAUCGACAUUAUUUUUCCGACAGACUGAGAAAUCCACAUUAUUUUCCCGACAGCCUGAUAAAUCGACAUUAUUUUUCCGACAGACUGAGAAAUCCACAUUAUUUUCCCGACAGCCUGAUAAAUCGACAUUAUUUUCCCGACAGACCGAUAAAUCCACAUUAUUUUCCCGACAGACUGAUAAAUCCACAUUAUUUUCCCGACAGUCUGAUAAAUCGACAUUAUUUUUCCGACAGACUGCUAAGUCCACAUUAUUUUCCCGACAGACUGAGAAGUCCACAUUAUUUUCCCGACAGCCUGAUAAAUCGACAUUAUUUUUCCGACAGACUGAUAAAUCCACACUAUUUUCCCGGCAGACUGAUUUUUGACGAUUUCGACUUGUCGGGAAAAUAAUUAGCAUACUUUCGCAGCGCCGAAAUAGUCGCUGAAGUGAAAAGCAGUUUGAUUCCUCGGCGGCGAUACGAUUUUCGAUGCGACAAAGUGGUCAUAAUUUUCCCGACAGAUUGAUAAUCAAAAUUUCAGCGAUCCGCGAGACCUGCACUGACAACGAGUUCGCCUGCUGUGCGUUGCCGCAAAAGUGCAUCGACUACACCCGACGCUGCGAUGGCCAUAGAGAUUGCUCUGACGGCGAGGACGAAAACAAUUGCCGUAAGAGUCCAUCUGCUCUACUAGUCGCGCCAUAAAGUCCUGACACAAGGACUUUAUGUCGCGACUACUACUGCAGAGAGAAACUUGUGAUUUUUACGGUGCAAUUAUGCAAAAUUUCAGCUUCCUGUGCAAAGGACGAAUUCGCAUGUGUGAAGAGCGGAAUUUGCAUACCGGCCACGAAGAGGUGCGAUGGGAAGCCGGACGACUGCGGGGAUGGGACGAACAUGGAUGAGAUUGGGUGCAGUAAAAACGAGAGUAAGUGGAGUACGAGGGGUAAAGUAGGGAGGAAAAGUUGUACUAGGCGAGCCAAAAAGUCGUGACUUCUGUGACACCAUAAUUCUGUCUGAAAAAUAACGGCGCACGGCAACCCAGGGAGUAUCCCGCUUCGUUUCGGCACUUCGCCCACCAAGUAUCGGUUGAAUUCAAACGAAAUGUUAAAAAUGAAUUUUUUGUGUGGUUUUCCGACCGAAAAAUGUUUUUCUCGGAAUUAUUUUAUUUCCUUUGUGAAUUUCGACACUUUGUUUGGACGAAAUUCAAAAGUGGGCGGGAGACAUUUUUGUUCGGGAAAAGUUCCUUAUUUUGGCCACAACAAAGGUACGCCGCGAACUGCGCCCAAGCUUGGGCACUAAAGUUAUGAAAAAACGCUUCGACCUAGCUGGCACUGAAUUACUAUAAUAGCUCUACAGUUUUAAGGGUACCUACGAAGGCUGUGACGACUCAUUUAGUUCCAUACGGAGUCAAUAAGUUUAGUUCCGGGCAUGUUUCAUCGUAUAAAGUAUAAAAUCACAGGCUAAAUUUGGGCUCAUUCCGACCAGUUUCCGAAAAGUUAUGUUGUGGCCAAAAUAAGGAACUUUUACCAUCCACUUUGCUACGGUUGUUGCAACUGGUGAUUUGGUGCGCGCGUGCACCCUUUUUCAACGCGGCGGGUCAAAUGCGGUUUGCGAAGCACUUUUUUUUGCGAUUUGCGACAAACGCGCCGAAACCGCACUGCGCGAAUUCUCAAGACUUUUCUGCCCCGCAAAGCAAUGAUGGGCGAUUCCUGCUAUUAUUUUCCCGUCAUGCUGACACUGUUACGACUUAUUCUAUUGCUACUAAGCCUUACGCAAAGUCGCCAGAGUGAUUUCUGCGACCUGCACUGUGCCAAAACAAAAAUUCAGUUUGCACAGUUGUCAAGACCUUGAUAUAGGUCAAGUAAUAAGGGCCCCUAAUCUAGUUCUACCUAAGAUCCCAAGCCCUAUGCGAACACGAAGACAACGAUUAUUCAAACAAGCGACAAUAAAACUAACUAUGCCCUAGGCAACAACUUCACAAGUGAACUCACAAUGCUUGACUCCACCAACACAAGAGACCAUAGACAAAUCAAUAGACAAAUAGUAAAUACAGUAGACUUUAUUGGACACAACCGCAUAAGCGGGAAAAGACAAAACACAAAAAUAAUACUAAUAAUUGGCGAUUUCUCUUCCUUUUAUACCAAUUUGUCGGUCAUUCCGUGGGAAUAUGCAAAUUCGCACGCGAAGUCGUGACGCAGUGCAAUUUCUUAUUUGUUGCACCGUGCAAUGGGUUUUUUGGGUCGUCGCUCGCACCCUGACUUUCACUGUAGAGUGCACGUCGCCCAAGUCAGCCCAGCGACUUUGCAAACGGACUAGUGUCAUUUUGUCGGUAAAAUUCGAUAAAAAUUUUCACUGACCUUUUUCAGCCUGCUGGGGCAAGUUCGUCUGCGACAGUCCCACAACGAUAGCCCAAGCCGGCCACUCCGUGUGCCUGGACUACGAAAAACAUUGCGACGGGGUGAAGGACUGUCCGGACGGCGAGGACGAACAGAACUGUAAACUGAACGAUGCCAAAUACCUCUCGUGCGAGAACCAAAAGCAACAAGUUCGCCGCGAACAAUGGUGCGAUGGGCGGGAGGACUGCGCGGACGGGUCUGACGAGAAGUACUGCUUCUAG